CCAAUCGUUUAGUUAACCAUCGACUGCACACCGGCGCGUACCGAUCGCCUCUCGCGCGUUUGCGUUCGCUGUUUAACGUUGUUACACUCUCAAACAUACAUACACACACACACGUACACCGGAGUGCUUAUGUGUUACUAUUUUUAUAAUAAAUAUUAUAAUACCGUACAGACCACGAGUCCGUCGUGACAUAUUUUGUUGUGAUUUUUUUUUUUCAUUAUUUUAUCUCAAAUUUUUGGGCCGUCGACCGUUUUUAUAUUUUUAUUUACGCGCGCGCGUCGUCCACGUCUGUAUAUUCGUGUACACCUGUAAGCGACGGGCAAACGGCGCAUCGAAGACGGCAACCGUUUACACCCGUACAAAAUCCGCGAUAGUCACGGGCCACAUACCGCUACCACGACGGCGACGCUUAUCAGCGGUACGGUGCAGUCAUCCGGUCGUAGCAGUACUUCUUUGCUACAGCAGUGGCCGGCCGGGCUAGCAGCUGCAGUGGCCACCGGCGGUGACGGCUUCGGCAAAGCCAUCAGGACGACGACGACGACUAACACGAUGACCGUGCACGAACUCACAGCCGCUUCGGCGGCCGGCACCAUGCCCAUGCACCAUCUCGGCAGGUCUCGGUUCAUGAUCACUGACAUACUGUCCGACAACGGCCGCAAUAACGGCAGCGGUUCGCCCGUGUCGCCUGCUUCGUCCACGGACGGGCCACGCGACCUGUCUCUUCACGGGCGCGCGUCCUCCGGUAGCAACGGCGGAGGCGGCGGCCAGGGAGCGGGGCCCGCCGGCGUUGGCGGAGGACCGGCCGACUCGGACCUGAGCGACGAUCACGAGAGCGGCACCGAUAGCGGACUGCCGGGCGACAACUCGUCCGUUUGCUCGAACGGUCACAGAGACGACGAUGGCCGGAAUUCUGGUUCAAAUCUUAGCAAGAAACAGAGAAAAGCAAGAACGGCAUUCACGGACCACCAGUUGCAAACACUCGAAAAGAGUUUCGAAAGACAAAAGUACCUGAGCGUCCAGGACCGCAUGGAAUUGGCGGCUAAGCUCAAUCUGUCCGACACCCAAGUCAAGACCUGGUACCAGAACAGAAGGACCAAAUGGAAACGUCAGACGGCAGUAGGCCUGGAACUAUUAGCCGAGGCGGGCAACUACGCGGCAUUCCAACGGCUGUACGGCGGGCCGCCGUACGGUUGCUGGCCAUAUCCGGCCGGUGCCGCGGGAGCUGCAGGCGGCGUAUCCGGCGGGGGCGGCGUCUCGGGCGCGGGCGGUGCACCGUCCGCCGCCGACCUGUAUUACCGGCAGGCAGCCGUAGCCGCGGCCGCCGUGUCAACGCUCCAGAAGCCGCUGGCCUACAGGCUGUACCCUGGUAUGGCGGGCGGGCCGGGUGCCGCGGGCUCGGGCGCCGGCGCGUCUGGCCACCAUCACCACCAUCACCACAUACCACCGCCGCCCGUGCCGCUCGCGCACCCGAUGUACUACGGUGGCGUCCACCAUCCGGCCACCAUGCCGCCGAUGCCCGGCCGCAGCCCGACGCCCGAACCACCCGGCCGGUCGUCGCGCGACUCGCCCAGAUCGACGGUGGACAGCCGGCCCGGUUCGGUGGACGUCGAAGACGACGGGUCCGACUCGCCCAACGUGGACGUUUAAGCGACGACCGCGGCGCGCUGGCCCACCGCGUGCCAUAAUACGUAUACCAUCAUCGCACCGCGCGCGCGACUCGCCUAUAAAUGUACUACAAUAUACUACUAUUAUGGUCUGUCGCUCGUUGUCGUGUUUGAGUGCAGUUGCAGUGGUGAGAGCAUGUCUGUCACAACAAUAUUAUAUGGGACACUGCAGUGAAAUGCACACUCAAACACAUAUACAUCACCCACCUAGUCGUCGUUUACUCUUUAUUAUUAUUAUUAUUAUUUUUUGUAUAUUAUUAUGAUAUUGUAUAGUAUUAUUAUAUUAUGUUUGCGUUCCGUACCGACCCUGACGCGAAAAAUGUGUGUUUUUUUUUUACUUUUCUUCUUAUAUGAUGUGAGCAAUUAUUACUGUGACAAAGUUCAUUACAAUUAAUAUUAAUAUAUAAUUUUAUAAGAAAAUCUUAUACACACAGAAAACAUAUAAUUAUGUUCCCUCAGAGUACAAAUAUUUAAUUUUUAAUUUAUUCGUAGUGAAACCGUAUACAUAUAUAUAUAUAUAUUAUACUGGUUCAACACGUUUUUUCAGUGGAAAAGAAUAUCCGAAUUUGUUCGUUAUUAACACACGCGUAUAGGUACCUAUAUUUGUUAUUAUUAUUAUUACCAUUAUGAACUCUUACCGAAGAUUUUGUUAUGCGUUUGUUCAAUUUUUUUUUUCUAUUGAUUUCAAUUAAAAACCACGUCGGUAAGUCAGAGACUUCAACGCUCGUCAACCAUACGGUAACUCGCGAGUGAAACAAUAAUAUAUUACUUUAAUACGUGGGUACUAUAUAUAUACAUAAUAUUAUUAUCUACUGUUUAUUAAUAUACAUAUAUUAUAUUGUAUAUUUGUUUGUCUAUACUUUUAAUGUAGGUAUGUUUUACAUAAUUUUGCUUACCACGAUUGUUUCUUAUCGAUAUUAUAUAUUAUUAUUAAUGUAAAUAAAAUAUUACUUAUAUAUAUUACUACAACAAUAUUAGAUACAGAUAUUGUACAUUAUAUAUAUAGAUACAGUGUAAGUGAUAAGUAUCAAUAAUUUAUUUCGUAUAAAUAUGAUGUAGUGAGUAAGUAAGUGAGUAAGUAUGAAUAAAUGAUUAUAUUAUACGAAGUCGUGCAAUGUAAUAAUAAUAAUUAGACUAUAUGUAAUACGUAUAUUAUAUUCUACCAUAAUAUAUAUAUAUAUAUAUAUAAACAUUUUAUUAGUUAUAAUCAUAAUGUAAUUGUAUAUGUAUACCUUAAAUUUGUUGUCAGGCUUGGUAUAACCGUAUAUUAUGUAUGUCGUUAAUUUUGCGUAUAUUGAUAUACGAUAUUCGUCUUGUAAUCGUCAAGUGUAGAAAAUAUGAUCGUGCCAAAAAACUAAAAAAAAUAGUGUACGCGAUUAAAAAAAACAAAUGAACAAUAUAGGAAAAAAAUACCGAGACGCUUCGUUUUAUAUAAUAUAAUAUGAUACAUAAUAAUAUUAUUGUAUACCUAACAUUUAGGAAUCGUAUAUGUUGUAAACUAUAUAUUUAUAUACAUAUAUUAUAAUUAUAUAUAUAUAAACGCUGAUGUACGCGAUUGCGAGUCGUCGUACGAUGUUUUUCCGUGUAAAUAUCAUUCUUGUUACGUGUAAAAAUAUAAAAAAUAAAUUAACAUUAUUGUUUAGAGUUUAA